UGGCGGCAGCAUGGCGCGGCUGGUGUGCAGGGUGCAGUUCCUGGACGACACGGACCCGUUCUCCGGCAGCAGCUGCCCCGAGCCCAGCAGGCCGCCCCUCUUCGCCUUCCAGCCCGACCUGGCCCUCGGAGCCCAGCUGGCCGCCCUCCACCGGCUCCUCAGGCCCCCGCACAAGCUGGAUGACUGCACACUGCAACUCUCUCACAAUGGAACCUAUUUGGAUUUAGAAUCGACCUUAGCAGAGCAACGGGAUGACUUGGAAGGAUUCCAGGAGGAUGCCGGCAGGAGCAAGAAGCAAAGUAUAAUCCUGAGGACCCAGCUCUCAGUGCGAGUUCACGCCUGUAUUGAAAAGUUGUACAACUCCAGCGGACGAGAGCUCAGGCGGGCCCUGUUUUCCUUGAAGCAGAUAUUUCAGGAUGACAAGGAUUUGGUGCAUGAAUUUGUUGUGGCCGAAGGGCUGACCUGUUUGAUAAAGGUGGGAGCUGAGGCGGACCAGAAUUACCAAAACUACAUCCUGAGAGCUUUGGGCCAGAUUAUGCUGUAUGUCGACGGAAUGAACGGAGUCAUAAAUCAUAAUGAAACCAUUCAGUGGCUGUACACACUCAUUGGGUCCAAGUUCCGCUUGGUGGUGAAGACGGCCCUGAAGCUGCUCCUGGUGUUCGUGGAGUACAGCGAAUCCAACGCCCCGCUCUUAACUCAGGCCAUCACCUCGGUCGACGCCAAGAGAGGUGCCAAACCAUGGUCCAAUAUCAUGGAGAUCCUAGAGGAGAAGGAUGGUGUUGACACAGAACUGCUGGUGUAUGCAAUGACAUUGGUGAAUAAGACGCUGUCAGGCCUGCUGGAUCAAGAUGCCUUCUACGACGUGGUGGACUGCCUGGAGGAGUUGGGCAUUGAAGCUAUUUCGCAGAGACACUUAACCAAGAGAGGAACAGACUUGGACUUAGUCGAGCAAUUUAACUUGUACGAGGCGACCUUGCGGCACGAGGAUGGCGACGAGGGUGCGGAGCCACCCCCAAGCGGGUGGAAGGACCGGCGCCGGGCCAGCCUCGGCUCCAAUGAGCGCCGGGGCUUGGAGCGCCGGAGGAGCCGGAGACACUCGGUCCAGAACGUGAAGAGCCCGGCCUCGGCUCCGGCCAGCCCCUGCACCCCGCUGGCCCCCAGCUUCGUCCUCAGCCGAGAGCCGCCCGGGGACGACCUCAGCACCAAAGAGGAAGGGAAGUAUGAGGAAGAAGAGGAGCAGCCAAUCACAGAACCCAAUUCAGAGGAUGAGAGAGAAGAGGAGGCCGCUAGCCAGGUCGAAGACAGUGAGGUCCACUCUGCCUCAGAGGCAGAGCAAGGUGGAAGUGGAAGCAGCUUGCAAAGUUCGGCAUCUUCCUCCGGUGCGGUUUCUCGUCCUUCCCGCUCGAGAACCAAGAGCCCACCGCGCAACCCCUCUCCCGGUUCAGUUCCUCAUCCUCCCGGGACUCUUCACUCAUCGUCACCCUCUUCGCCUGCGCCCGGCUCGCUCAACUCGUCACAGUGCCUCGGGACUGCUUCUGGUGCUCCCAAAGCAUCCCCCACCGUGGAAAAAUUGCCUUACAUACCCCACAGUCCAUUUCAUCUCUUCUCCUAUGAUUUUGAGGAGUCUCCUUUAAGCGUGAAAGAGAAGGAAGCCGAAGCCAGGAAGGAAAACAGUCCGUCCGAUCCUCUUCCCUCGAACAAAUGCUCCGACUCUGAUCCUUAUAAUUUCCGGUCUUUCUCUUCUAAUAGAUAUAACAACUACGGCAACAGCUCUUUCACCACUUCCAGAACCUACUGUGGACCAAUAACUUCUGCGACCCCCAGUUCUCGCUACGGGACGUCUCUGUCACCCCCAGAGGAGACCAAAUCUGACCGGUCAGCAGUGGGUGGUCUGCUUACGUCAUCAUAUCGACAGCACCAGGAGUCCCUGUCAGCGGAAAGGGAGAGGCGGAGGCAGGAGAGAGAAGAGCGACUGCAGAGGAUAGAGCGGGAAGAACGAAACAAAUUUAACCAAGAUUAUUUAGACAAAAGAGAGGAGCAAAGACAAGCAAGAGAAGAGAGAUACAAAUACUUGGAGAAGUUGGCAGCAGAGGAAUAUGAGAAGGAGGUGAAAACCCGGAGCCCGUGCAGAGACAGAAGUGAACUAUCCUUGAGCGUGAGCUCUCCGGUCGACCCCGCGGGCUCCGGCCCCCCAUCCGCGGACCUUCAGGAGGGGCAGAAGACCCCCCCGGCCCCCCAAGGGACCCCUCCAACACUCGAAGCGAGGCCCAGUUGUCCUGAACCAGCACGAGAGGCAGAGGCAGAAGCAGAACAGGGGGCAUCCAAAGCACUCCGGGAAGUAGAAUCUCCUGCAGAGGGACCAGACAGUGAGGUGGAGCCAGGAGAAGAGGGAGAGCCAGAAGAAAAUGCAAUUCUCAGUGAAAAAGAAAGGCAGAAUGGGAAAGUGAAUGAAAAAGACAACUGCUCCACUUCCAGCAUUUCCUCAGCCAGCAGCACAUUAGAGAGGAAAGAGAAAGAGGAACAGUUGACCAGUGGCAGUGGAGCUGGUUCGUGGUCCCAGCCCCCUGAGGAUGCUGAUGUGAAUGCACAGUGCGGCAACAUCCUCAACAACAAACGCUUCAUGCUGGACAUGCUGUAUGCCCAUAAUAAGAAAGCCAAGGAUGAAGAGGAGAAAGAGCCGGAGAAGACGACGGAGGAAAAGGAGGCGGAAGAGGAAGGCGAGGAGCCCGUCACCACCUUAGCCGGCCGGAUCUCUAUCCUACAGGCCAGCGCCCAGACCAAAGAGGAGAGCGUCAAGAAGACGGAAGGCCGCGGCUUGGACAACCAGGGCAGCGUGAAGGCCUUCGCGGAGAAAUUCGACAGCGGCGAGCUGGGCAAGUGCUCAUCCUCACCCGAGAGCGAGCCGGGCGAGAAGUUCUCCGAAAGCAGCCAAACGCAGCCCAAGAAAGAGUCCGACUACAUCUGGGAUCAGCUCAUGGCCAAUCCCAGGGAACUGAGGAUCCGUGACAUGGAUUUUACGGACUUGGGGGCCGAGGACGACCUGGACGUGUUAGACAUGGAGGUGGGCCCCGGGGACUCCCCAGUCCCCCCGCCCCCUCCACCGCCUUCUUUCCUGUGCUUCCCCCCUCCUCCGCCGCCCCCCCGUUCGGCUGUCCCCCCCCCACCCCCUGCCCACCCUAAUUUAUUGGCUCCCGCCGCGCUGCUCAGCUCCCCUCAGGGUUCAGGAUCGCCUCAGGUGCCCCGGGCGUUCGUGAAGAAGAAGAAGACCAUCCGUCUGUUUUGGAACGAGGUACGGCCCUGCCAGUGGCAGUGUAAAAAUGACAAGCGCUGUAAAGAAUUCCUCUGGUCAAAACUGGAACCUAUUAAAGUGGACACGUCCAAACUGGAGCACCUCUUUGAGUCCAAGUCCAAGGAACUGCCUGUGACCAAGAAAACUGCUGCAGAUGGAAAGAGACAGGAGAUCAUUGUGUUGGACUCCAAGCGGAGCAACGCUAUUAAUAUUGGCCUGACUGUGCUUCCCCCGCCCCGGACCAUCAAGAUCGCUAUUUUGAAUUUCGACGAAUACGCCUUGAACAAGGAAGGAAUAGAGAAAAUCCUCACCAUGAUUCCGACGGAGGAGGAAAAGCAGAAGAUACAAGAGGCACAACUGGCCAAUCCCGACACCCCCUUGGGCAGUGCCGAGCAGUUCCUGUUCACCCUGUCCUCCAUCAGUGAACUGACGGCCCGGCUUCAGCUGUGGGCGUUCAAGUUGGACUAUGAGCUCAUAGAAAAGGAAGUGGCAGAGCCCCUUCUGGAUCUGAAGGAAGGAAUGGACCAGUUGGAGAAGAAUAAAACCCUCGGUUUUAUCCUGUCUACAUUAUUGGCCAUUGGAAACUUUCUCAAUGGAACCAACGCCAAAGCCUUUGAGCUGAGCUACCUCGAGAAGGUUCCAGAAGUCAAAGACACAGUGCAUAAGCAGUCUCUCCUACACCACGUGUGCACUAUGGUGGUGGAAAAGUUCCCAGACAGCACAGAUCUCUAUUCCGAGAUUGGAGCCAUCACUAGGUCAGCCAAGGUUGACUUUGAGCAACUCCAGGACAACUUGUGUCAGAUGGAGAGACGGUGUAAAGCAUCAUGGGAUCACCUCAAGGCCAUUGCAAAGCAUGAAAUGAAGCCGGUUUUAAAGCAAAAAAUGUCUGAGUUCCUUAAAGACUGUGCAGAAAGGAUUAUAAUCCUUAAAAUUGUUCAUAGAAGAAUUAUCAACAGGUUCCACUCAUUUUUAUUAUUUAUGGGCCACCCUCCUUACGCAAUCCGGGAAGUGAACAUUAAUAAGUUCUGUAAAAUCAUCAGCGAAUUUGCCCUGGAGUACAGGACCACCAGGGAACGGAUCCUGCAGCAGAAACAGAAACGGGCCAAUCACAGGGAACGCAAUAAGACCAGGGGAAAGAUGAUCACAGAUACUGAUGACGAAGAUGAAGCCGAGACGGCGAAGUUCUCGAGCACUUCGGCCGUGGCGCCGGGCCAGCCGCAGGGUCUGGACUACGCGGAGGACGCCGUGGAGCACGAGAACAUGAAGGCCGUGUUGAAGACGUCCAGCUCCCUGGGUGGGGAGAGUGCCUCCGUCCUCGGGGUCCGGACGCGCAGUCGAGCCAGCCGAGGCCGGAUCGGUUCCUGGAACGCCGGCAUGGACGAUUCCCCCAGCGCCACGGACGACGCGGCCGACGAGAUCAUGGAUCUCAUCGUCAAGUCCGCCACCCAAGUGCCAAGUCAGCGAACGAUGCCCAGGGAGAGGAAGCGAUCGCGGGCAAACCGGAAAUCCUUAAGAAGAACCCUCAAAAGCGGGUUGACCCCAGAAGAAGCCAAAGCACUGGGCCUCAUCAGUACCUCCGAGAUGCAAGUGUGAGACCCGAGGAGCCAGAUCCCAUCCUGAGAACAUCAUCAUCAUCGCCAUGCUGAUGAACACCUGGGCAGUAUGGCCACACCCACCCAUCCCCCCAACCCUGGGCUCCUGCUUGCCCAUCCUCUGAAAGCUUAGUUUUGACCAGGCACAGAGCAGAAAACAGAAGGAGCCCCUCCACCGCCCCUCAGCACUAAAAUCCGACAUCUAGGAGAAGAUGAGCGUUUAUCUUUAUAGGCAAAAGCACUUCACUUGUUCUCUCAAGACACACAGAGAAACGAACCAGGAGAUACCUUUGCAUUCUCUUCACUUCUGGGAGUGAUGUUUACGUGGGCUUGCUUUGCUGCCUGGUUCGGGAGCUAGAACAUUCAUUGAUUUUUUCAGGGCAAGAAACAGUCCUUUAAGAAACAAAAAAAAUAUCUCCGUUCCACUUAAUGGCAAAUUUGUAGCACGGUGUCAUUAGACAAACAGACGGCACGGGUUAAGAGGCCAGUCUCGGCUGGAAUUCCGGGAUCCAGCCCAGUGAGGGUGGGAGUGGUCUGUGGGCAAUCCCUCAGUCGGAGUGGGCUGAUUCCCGUCGGGCCUAAUUUCACUUCUAGGGGAGCUGGAGGAAAAGAGGGCUCCGAUGCUGUGCACUGUCAUGCCCUCCCCGCCCCGGGAGGUGACAAACAGGCUGAAGGAGCAACCAAUCAAUCUAUAGCGUGUCUGAAAUGGGGGCACCUUAUUACAGGUGAUCACACGUGCUUCAGCCGGCAGCGGGGAGUCAACCAGAGAAGCCACUCCAGACUAAGCCUUUCCUCCACCGUAACCUGCCUUGCCCUGGGAUGGGCAGGGCCAAAGCCACUAGGAAAGACCCUCCUGGGCCCUGACCAGAUCUCCACCAAAAGGGACAAAUGAAGAAGGGUACUUAGGGCUCUCUUCAGUCUGCAGGUGCCUAUGCACGCGUACACACACUCACUCAAAAUACCCUCUCACAACACACUAGUCCACGCAGGGAGAAAGCACAGGUGAUUUCCUACCAUGGAAUCCUCAGAGUCCUGAGGGUUGGCACAGUUUUGAAAACAUUUGCCACAUUUCCUCCACAAAAGAUCAGGGAGUUUCAGUCAUCUUCCUGGGCCACCCCCAAAUCCCAAUUGAGCUUAAAACGUCCAAGUCUAAACAAAACAAAAAAACACUCUCUGGCCACAAGUUUCACAAUUUUUCAGUUGGCACCUGUGUGCUGCUUACGAUUCACCCUCCAAAAAGAGAAAUAAAGGGAAGGAAGACUAUAGAACGAAGGCUGUCAACCAAGAAAUGUCUCCCUAAGAAGCAACACGACUUCAAAAAACAUCAGAAGCUGGUGUAUUUGCUAAGAAAUGUGAAAGAUACUCUUUCUUCCCCAAUUAAUUCCAGGAGGCAGGUUUUUCCCCUGUGGAAUUCCUCCAGGUGCUUUGGGACCCCCAGGCCUGAGGCUGCAGUGACCCUAACUCUUUCUGGCACUCCCCAAGGAGGGCCUACCAGCAUUGUGACAUCUGCAAAAGCUGAUGGAGCCCCAGUCAAAAUCUCUUCAAGUUUCACUUCUCUGAGAAAGCAACUAAGAGCAUUAUCAAGUGAAAAGUCACCUGAAACCACAUUACAAGAGAAUCUACAGUUCUGUUCUCAAACAGAGAAUGCUCCACGCCUAGAUGUCUAUGAAUAUAUUUAUCCCCUGGUUGGCAUUCCAGUUUAAAUGGGAGACUGGUGGACUUUUCUAAAGCAACCGUUUGUUAAACCAGAAAAUGAGAAUUAUGCACUCCAGGAGCACCUGAAAAAUGAAAAUCGAUGGUAUUGUUCUCUCGACAUCUGGGUUUUAGAGAAGGGGUGUGAGAGUGCACAUUAGCUUACCAGUUAUCCUCACCUCUGUCUCUCACAACCCUCCAGCAAACUGGCAUCAGUGGGGAGAUGUGGGAGUGGGGAUGUGAUUUCAGCUGCAGGACUCCAGGAACAAGCUUCACUGAUGGGCCCACGGAGUGAAAAGCCACACUGAGGAGGAAAGAACAAAAUCAGUCUCCCAUUUGCCCUCAGAGGUCAGCGCAUGGGUCUCCCAGGAAAAUACCAACACAGAAGAGCCAAGCUAUUUCUGGAGAGAGAGAUGCAUGUGCCUUUCUUUGAAGCGUAGGAUAUGGCCAGCGGUCCCAGGAUACACUUUUUGAGUAGAGACAAGCAACAUUCUGAAGGAGGUAAUUUGAGGAUCUUCUCCAGAUCAGAAUUUAAUUUCAGGGGCAGGAGAAAGAGACAUUUUCACCUAUUUUAACCAUCGCUCCCUCUGGAAACCUUCCAGGUUUCUUUUGGUCAUUAUAUCAUGCCCUGAGAUUCUGGGAAGACAAUAGGCAGUUUCACCCCUGAACCUGGAACUGGGCCUAUUGAUCGCUUCAUGUGUCCAUUCCCGGCUCAGGGACUACAGUCCACCCCAAAGUGGGAAUGACCACAAUCUCCCAGAAAUGUCGGAUGCUCCCCUAGGAACCAGCUAGUUUUACCCUUUCUGCCAACAUUUUAUGGGGGGCCUUUUUAGAGGUUCUAGGCCAGAACUUCAUUUGAGGUGAAUUCCAAACACAGGAGUCGGCAUCAUAACACUGUUCUUCACUUGGAGGUCUCCUAGAGCUAGCUUCAGGCACACACUGGAGAAAUUUCAAAAAGAGAGAGCUUCCCAACCCUGCAGACAAGGUGGGCCCUGACUCUCCUUUAGGGAUAGAGGUGUUGGCACACCAGUAACCCACAAUAAAAAGUAAGAUCUACAGACCUCACCCUGCAGGCCUUUGGCAAACAUGUCGUUUGGGAUCGAAGACGGUGAAGGUUCUGAAUGAGCCAGAACCCGAAAUCCUCGGUAUUGUAGUCAGAACCUGGGAAGGCUAGAGAAACAAGAAACCUCUCUUCCAUGUCGUGGAGCAAGUUGUUUGGAAUCUGCAUGACCCCAUACAAAAAAAAAAGAGUUUAGCAGGGCCUAAAGAAGGAUGCGAACGAGCUCCAUAGAACUGAAAGGUUUUGCUUGUAAGGAAAGGGAAACUCUUGCCCGUUAAAGGCUGUUUGCCGUCCAAGCAUCAAUACUGGGGACUCUCGUUCCCACAUUUCUAAGUCCUCUAUCAUUCCCCAGGCCCAGUGCCUCUUGUUGCUUUCAGUCAAUGAGAGAAAUGAAUUCCACAGGUAGCAAAGUCCUGUUACCUUGGUGCAUAAUGGGAAAACACAGGAGGGCUGUUCUGCACUGACAACAAAACACUAAAUUAAUGAGCAAAUCUGUACAGAACAAAGAAGCCUAGAUCUGUUUUGACUACCCAGCACUACUUUUCAUGUUAAAGCACAAUUUCAAAAUAAAUCUUUGUAUUAUAUGACCCAGUUGUGUUUCCCUACAUAUCCGCACUUUUCCUAAGAUAGAGUAUUAUCAGGCCCCUCCCUCGCCUACAGUCACUGUGUAGUUGGAGCUGAGAUUGCACUAGUUAGCCACAGGUCUGUGGUAAGUAGCCCAAAGCCCCCGUGUUUCUCUCUAGGAAGCGGGAAUCCAGUUGAGUCAGAGUUCCAGAUCUGCUUCUAUGGCCUGGAGUUGAGAGUCAUGAUCUUGGUCACAAAUCUAGACUGUAAGCUCACUGUGGGGAAGGAAUAUGUGCGUUCAUUGUUGUCUUGUACUCUCCCGAGCACUUAGUACAGUACUUUACAUGCAGUAAGUGCUCGAUAAAUAUGCUCGAAUGAAUGAAUGUUCAUCUCUGCCGCUAAAAUGAGACUGGCAGGCGAAACUUGAAACGGUGAGACAGCAGAACCAAAGGCUGCCAUGGGACGGGGGAAAAGAAAACAUUUUCCGGUAACUUGGCAAAUGCCAGCACGAUCGCGGCAGCAUGAGGGAGUUUUGGUGUGCAGUGUUUCUCGCUGAGGAGAGCUUGCACCUUUCUACCUCUGCGUCCUGUAACCUUGGGAGGUUGUGGCUGUGACUGGGAGGUUGUGGAGGAAUGCGGCUGCUGCCUCACGGGUCACGCCUCCAGCAUCCGCGACCGCGGCUGAGGGAAAGGGGCUUCGGAUACUUAGGGGCUCCCUCGUAGGAAAGGAGAAAUCUGGCUGCUGAUUACCUUUUAGAAAUCACCUACCCGAUCCAUCCAGACUCUGGGGCUGCGGGAGAACCAUCCUCCGGGAUGCGAUUAUGGAACUCACACAUUUCUUUGAAUACGGACAGCACCCCACCGCCAGGCCACGGGAAGAGGAGCAGAAUUCUUCCUAAAACCCCAUUGCAUCCGGGACACCGACACCUGUGACUAAGCGCAGAUCGAAAGGGAAUUAAAGCACAAGUCCCGAUACUCAAGCAGGGACCUGAGAUCCAAUUUCGGCCGGCUGCGGACAGCACAAGGGACGCGGGAGUGUUGGGCGAGUAACAUCCGUCACAGUUGCUGCCGCUCAGUCCAUCUGGGUAGGGACGGGGACGCUGAAUUCGGAAGCCUGUGAGACCCGCAUAAGGAGGCGAAACAGAUGGUUCCCCCUUGACCUCGAGAUGGUAGCCCCGGCUAGACGGCUGGCAACAAUCAGGCAUUCCGAACCCAAAACGGUGGUCUCACAGGCAUCGAGGCUUCAUUUAAUACCGUGCCCGCCCUGAAGCGAAGCCCACCUAUUCGAUCAUUCAAUAACACGGCUCCAUCAACAGAUGGUUGGAAAAGACCAGAGAAACCCAAGUGGCCCAAGCUUGCAAAGAGGCCACAAUUUCCUCCUCUCUGAAACAACAAGGGAUUUAUGGAAUGAUAAAUGCUGGGGAAAUUCAGCCUUCUGGCAAGGGUUAUCCAAAUAAUCAUUUCUGAAGGCGAGACUCAAAGGGGUCGGGGACUUAAUGGGUUUUGCAUUGAGCAGGAGAAAAGAGAAACUGAACCAGCUUCGAUUGAUUUUUAACUUGCAGUUGUGGUUGAUGGGUGGAAAGGAGUCAAUCACCGUAUGUCUGUCCACUGACAGAGAGCAGGACUUUAUGAAGAGAAGAGAUGCAUUUAGUAGUGAUGGGAGUCCUUCUCCUCUGACCCUGACUUCGGCCAUCUGGAGUUUUUAUUCUGGGAGCUGAGAAUCGUUAGGGGAAAAAAAAUGUAAAGUAGAAAAGGAUGUGUUUCUUAGAUGAAGGAAAAUGCUGUACAUUGUGUAAAUGUCACUCCUGUUUUUUUAACGUGUGUAGCAUAGUGUAAAAUAGGCUUUUCAGCAGUGUUGCUCUGUGAAUUGUAAUUUAAAACCAAGCCAUGCACAGUCAGAGAUAUUAUCUACAGAUCCUGUUCUGUUGUUUUGUUUUUUUUUUCCCCUCAUUUUAGGUAAAGAAGUUUUGUUAAAUGUUAAAUUGAAUCGUCCGUGAAAUUGCUUGUUGUUCCUCAGUUUUGCUUCAUAAAAGAACUUGAAUUGGA